CGUCGAACCUUCCCCUCUCUACUCUCUAAUCACUUCCAUUUCACGAAAACUACCGAGUGGAUUUUUUUUAAGUUUCCUUUUAUUUGUUUUUAUUUUUUUUCGGUUAUUGUCAUUUUUGUACAGCCACUUAGUGCACCUGCCUCUUUCCCCCUUUUGCCUGGCUCGCGCGACGCGUCCCCAACGCUCUGUAAAGCAGUAACGAUGCUACACUGACGGUCGGUCUCGUUUGUCGUGUGUGACACAGCCGCGUCGAGCAGCGUCAAGCAACAGCGGAAUCUGUCGGUCCUAGGAGGAUCACCGCUCGAAAGGAUCACAACAAGAGCGCCGAUGGCACAAUUCGGUCGGUUCUACGUGCCGCCGUUGGGCAACGCCAUGAACGUGCUGUGGGCCGCCGUCAAGGCGUACGUGCCGGAAGACAGCCCGUGCCUGGAAGCCAUCAAAAAACGCCGUGGCGACGGGCUAGACGCCGAGACCGGAGGCCCGGCGAACCCGGCACCGGCCGAGAGCACCAGGCUGGCCGGCGGCAAACCGGACACCAACCCGUUCAGGACCACGUGCAACGCCGAGUUGUCGUCUUACGGCGGCGUGGAAAACCGCGGCUUGGACGUCGCUGGCGAUGGCCCGACAAGGCGGGUGCCGCAAACCUUCAGCAUGGAAGGCAGCUUCGACGACGACUCGUCAUCCGGCGGUGGUGAAUUCGGUGGACGUGGACGACACAAGAUCGACGAAUGGCAGGCCGCGUGGAACGUCACCAACGCCAUACAGGGAAUGUUCAUCGUGUCGCUACCGUUUGCCGUUCUCAGAGGAGGAUACUGGGCCAUAGCCGCGAUGAUCGGGAUCGCCUACAUAUGCUGUUACACUGGUAAGAUACUGAUCGAGUGUUUGUACGAGCUGGACCUGAACACCGGUCAGCGGGUGCGAGUCCGGGACUCGUACGUGUCCAUCGCCCGCGAGUGUUUUGGCCCCGUGUGGGGCGGACGAGUGGUGAACGUGGCGCAGAUGAUCGAACUGCUAAUGACGUGCAUACUGUACGUGGUGGUGUGCGGCGACCUAAUGGAGGGCACGUUCCCGGACGGCGUGAUCGACACGCGCAGCUGGAUGAUGAUCACGGGCGUGCUGCUGAUACCGCUGGGAUUCCUCAAGCAUCUGCACCACGUGUCGCUGCUGAGCUUCUGGUGCACCAUGUCGCAUAUACUCAUCAACAUAAUCAUACUCGGUUACUGCGUGCUGGAGCUGCCGGACUGGGGCUGGAGCAAGGUGAAGUGGUCGAUCGACAUGGAGAACUUUCCGAUAUCGCUGGGCGUGAUCGUGUUCAGUUACACGUCGCAGAUAUUCUUGCCCACGCUCGAGGGCAACCUGAUAGACCGGUCUAAGUUCGACUGGAUGUUGGACUGGAGCCACAUCGCCGCGGCCAUAUUCAAAUCGCUGUUCGGCUACGUGUGCUUCCUGACGUUCCAGAACGACACGCAGCAGGUGAUCACAAACAACCUGCAGUCGCCGUCGUUCAAGGGCCUGGUCAACGUGUUCCUGGUGGUCAAGGCGCUGUUAUCGUACCCGCUGCCGUAUUACGCGGCGUGCGACAUACUGGAGAAGUCGCUGUUCAAGGGCCCGCCGGCUACCGCGUUCCCCAGCGUCUGGCACCUGGACGGCGAGCUCAAGGUCUGGGGCCUGGCGUUCCGCGUGGCUAUCAUACUGGUCACCGUGUUCAUGGCCAUAUCCAUACCGCACUUUGCGCUGCUCAUGGGCUUCAUCGGCAGCUUCACCGGCACCAUGUUGUCGUUCAUCUGGCCGUGCUACUUCCACCUGAAACUCAAGGGCGACUCGCUGGAAUGGCGGACCAUUAUGUUCGACUGCUUCGUCAUAUUCCUCGGCUGUCUGUUCGGCGUCAUCGGCGUCUACGAUUCUGGUUCCGCCAUGGUUAAAGCGUUCCAGAUUGGCUUACCGUUCUAAUCGCCGCACCGCGCUCUUAUCACACCCAUCGUCGCAGUGCAGUGCCCAAUUCGUUACUACCGUUACACCAUGGCAUUUACUAAUAUUGAAAAAAAAAAAAAACAA